AAAGGGAGGGGGGGGGGAGCUUUCAAUAGCAUUCAACCUCAUGGAUAGUUGGAGAAAUAAUGUACUGCCAACUCACUGAUGCUCCUCCAGCGGUACAUCGCCAAGGCUGGCGCCCAAAAGCUAGAGCGAGCCUCCAUGACGGUGCCACCGUUUGGCUCGUCGAUACAUUGGCUGACAGAAGAAGCAAUUUGCAAGAGAAUGGGGUUUCCAAGAAGGGAAAUAUGUGAGAAACUCAACCAAAUGAAAGAGGAGAGGAUGUCCACUUUGAAGCUCGGGACAAUCCCAGGAAUGGUCAGCGGCGACGCCGAUUAUGAUGAUGAUUAUUACCCAGAAGUUACUCAAGGGAUGAAUCACGACCGCGAAGAAAAACGUGGGGCUGCCUGGAAAGAAUGGUCAGAAGCAUGAGACCCAUUGGAUUCAUGAUUUCUCUCUCAUUCGAGUUAGAUCCGGGGACAAAGAAUAUGACAGAUCUUAUCCUGGCUGCCAUGCGACCCGCCACCUCCACUCCCAUGCCACAAAUAACAAUAAUUAAUUGAUUGAAGGAGAAGGAGAAGAAGGAGGAGAAGAAGAGAAGGAAGAAGAAGAAGAAGAAGAAGAAGAAGAAGAAGAAGAAGAAGAAUAUUAGCCGAAAGGACCAAUACGUAUGCAGUACUCCUGCAUCAUCGGA